CCUACCAGUUUCAUAGAUCCAUUCGUAAUAUUGUUUGCUUGAAACGUGUUGCGUGUUAUUUUUUUCUGUUAUUUAUACAUGUAUUCAGAUUUGGUGAAAAAGAUCUCAAGAUUUUUAUUUUCUAGUGUUUCAAGGACAAAAAAUUUUAAAUUUAUAUGCAAUAAAUAAAAGAAAUUUAAAAAUAAUUAAGUAUAGAGAUCAAUCUGUCAAAUCAGAAUUACGAUGGAUCAAGGAUUUCCAGCACAACAUACUACUACUACCACUGUAACAACGAGUACGACUACAACACAACCAAAUAUUCGAUUCGAUUCGUCUUAUAUAAGAACAUUGCCUGGAAUUCUUAAAAUCGUUCAAGUAGUCCUAAAUCUUUUGGGAUUCAUAUGUAUUACAGUAUCGUCUUAUCAUACUAGCCGCGGAGAAUGGUUUAAUACUGUGGCUAUGGGAGGUUUUUGGUUCACAGGAAUAUUACUAGUUUUUUAUUUGUUUCAUAUUGUAGAAAAAUUCUCGAAAAUUCCUUGGUUAAAAAUUGAAUUUUUAUUUUGCAUAAUUUGGACUGCUUUCUAUUUGCUGGCUGCUUCUCUUGCAGUUGAUUAUGCCAAAUAUGUAGAAGCUUACGGAGUAGCAGCAUUUUUCGGAUAUUGUGCUAUGGUAGUUUAUGGUUAUGAUGCCUGGCUCAAGUUUCAAGCCAUAAAAAAUGGUGCAUUAGCACAAGGACAGCACACACCGAAACAAGUGUCUACAAUGACAAGUCCUGCAUACUAACUUUAUUAUAAAAUAUAUGAUUUUUUUGGUGAACUAUACAAAUAGAUCAAUUGCAAAACAUAUCAUUGGUUUUAUAGAGAAGAUUUGAUAAAUUUACUUUCAAAUUUUUCUCAAUUUAAUGCUUUAAUGCAAAAGACUAACAAAUACCAACAGGGCACAAUAGAUUUAAAAUUUCAUUAUUUUUUAUCUAUAAAACUUAUAUAUUUGUGUAUACACAUACUAUGUAAUUUCAUGGAAAAGAAGCACAAUAUUCUAUAAUUUCAUAUCUUUGUACCAUAAAAAAUGAUAUAUAUACAAUUAUAAUAUAAUGCGUAUUUUGGAAUUUUUCAUAUUGAUAAUAAUAUAUAUGUAUGUAAUUUUUAAAAUCUGUUAAUAUAAAAAUAAUAUUGUAACAGAUAGUAUAUAUAUAUAUUUGUUUACAUAUACAAGAAAUAUAUAUUUAAUCAGUAUUGUGUUCACGCUAUAUGCUAAAAUCAAUUAAUAUAUUUGUAUUCAUUUUGUAUUUAAUUUUUUCAUUUUAUAUAAUGGCAAUUUCAUUGCAUUCCUGAUUAGAAUGAACAGCUAUCUUAAUUUAUUUGUAAUUAUUCAUAUAAAGAUCAUAAUAGAAUGUAUUAUACAACAAAUCAAAUUAAUUUUGUCAUUUUUACUUAUUAUUUAUAUAUAUAUAUGUUGUAUACAAAAUUAUAUAUUAUUAAAUAUAAGUAAGAUUGUUUAUAACA